AUGAGUGCAGAUCAUGAAACACUGCUUUUCUACACUCAGGUUCGAUGGUUAUCGAAAGGAAACGUUGUAUGUCGCGUCUUCGAGCCGAGAGAGGAGAUCAAGUUCUUCCUGGAAGUGCAAGGAAAAGAUGAGCUGUUAAAUCAAGAGGACACCUUGUCUGCUGACUUUCAAGCUGACAUUGCUGCACAUUUGAAACCCCUUGAAGAUGAGUUCAAGAACUAUUUUUCUGACCUUGACUGUAGUGAAGAAGCUCUUGUGAGAAAUCAUUUCACUCCUGGAGUAGACGUCUCUGUCCUUGCAGAUGACAUUCAAGACGAGCUUUUGGAAUUGAGACAUGAUUCGUCAGCACGCGACACAUUUCUGGAGAAAUCUCUUGCACAGUUUUGGUGUUCACUCCAGGAAUUAUACCCUCAGGUCAGCAAAACAGCACUUUGA